AUGGCGGGGUGCCCUGCCAGAGAUGCGUCCGGCUGCGCAGGCAAUGCCACUUCUCGGACUCUGGGUUUGACAUCGCAGGAUCGGACCUUGCGGAGAGGUGAGUGUAGCAUCUUCAACAGCAUCACACACCUCAUCCACAAUGCCGCUGACGAUCCGACUAGACUCCAGGCGUCCCAGGAAGCCAACAAGGACCUGACGGAGCGUCUCGGGUAUAUGGAGAGAAUCGUUCGACACUACCUCGGUCAUGUCAGUCUCGAUUCUGCAAACCUCCGAGAUCUUGCCCAGUCUAUCGAGGGACCGCAUGAUGGCGGGGACCGGUCUGUUACUCCUCGGCAGGACGCAUCCAGUUCUCACCAUUCGGGCUACCUCGACCCGGAGGAGGAGAGCUUCACGGUGCAGCCUGUGGCAAACAAUAUCACUCAUUAUUCUGGCGAAUUUUCUCAUUGGAAUUUCUCCAUGCGUAUCAAACAAUGGAUUGAGCAGUGCGUCUAUGACCAGGGACAUCCUCACCAUACCGGUCCGCUCAGCUUCAAGGAAUAUUACCGCCCUAUGGAGCUACAGUCUGCUUCAGACCCCUUUGCCUCGCUUACAGCGUCACUUCCACCCCGCGACGUAGCCGAUUUCCUCGUCGAGGUAUUCUUUCGCUAUGUCGAGACAAACUACUGGUAUCUCGAAUACGGUUGGCUGCAGGAGAGACUUCAUACAGCGUACACAAUCCCCUCCGACUUUACACGGCGCGACGUUGGAACUGUGUGCAUAAUAUUUAUAGUGCUCGCCAUCGGUACGCAGUACGCCUAUCUGGACUCACAACACCAGGCUGGGAACCUCGCCCAACCUGGACCUUACUCCGAGGACGUUCUCGGCGUCUUAUUUUACCAACAGGCCUGCAAACUACUCCCCGACGUUAUUGCCGUAUCAUCGCUCGAGAGUGUCCAGGCAUGUCUUCUGAUGGGCGUCUUUACGCUGCCUCUGGAUGCUUCUGGACUGUCAUACAUAUACCUCAAUCUUGCCAUCAAGCUCGCUAUACAAAACGGCAUGCACCGCAAGUACCCCGGCGGGGAACUGGAUCGCUCCAUAAAGGAGACAAGGAUCCGCGUGUGGUGGACCGUAUACGCUAUUGAAAGACGAGUGGGAAUAUUUCACGGGAGGCCCACAUCUAUAGCGAGUACAGAUGUCGAUGCCGAACUUCCUACCGUCGAUUUCACAGAUAUCUGGCCGUCCUCGUCAACGAGCCAGAUCCAAGCCAUGCUGGCUACUCUUCAGCUCCAUGAUAUACUCAGUAAGAUAUUGCAGGAAAUGUCCUCUCUGAAGCUACAUGCCAAGCGCGGCGCGUUCGAUACUCUCAGUCGACUGGUCGACCUGAGCAACGAUCUGCACAAGUGGUGGGACGCCAUCCCCGAGUCCAUGUGCCGGAAGAACCUUGCGUCCUGUCAUACAUCAAACCCCAUCACACGCCGCGAGGCACAUAUCCACCUCGAGUAUCACAUGGUCCGCUUGUUCGCGGGCCGACCGUUCAUCUUUUUACGCGUCGCCAACCGGGGCAGCAGUGCGUCUGCUUCCAGCUCGCCUGCGGAACAGGCUCAGCAGUCGUCGUACCAGCCGCACCAGCAAUACUCACACACUAGUCCUCGCUCGAGAAUAGACGCCCGUUCAGUCUUGGUUUCAGACUGUGUCGAAGCUGCGCUGGCCAUCAUUGACACAUGCAAGGCCCUCCAGGACGGUGUCGGUGCUGCCAGGGCGUCAUACACCGAGUUCAGCUCGUGUCGCGUCGCCCUCCUCGUCAUCAUCACGCAAUGUCUACAGGGCAAGACAGAACGGCUGCGCCAAUCACUCAAAGACGGUGUAGGCAUCAUCCGGGAAUUGUCGGCCGGUGGCGGCGAGUCCGCUCGAUCCGAGGCAUCACUCAUAGAGGUCCUUGAGCGUGCGAUUGCCCGCCUUGAUGUCCAGGAUGAUGCAUCCAACCCUUAUGCACGGUUCAAGAAGUGGGAGAUGCUCUUCAAAAAUGACAGCUCCGCGGGCAGCAAUAAUCAGGCGACAGCUUCCUCUGCCGCGGGAAUGGCCAACGACGCUGCUCGCGAAGCACCGGUACCGGACCACACCCUGUUCACGCCGAUUGCCGGGUCGUGGGGCGGAACCCGGGGAGACCCUGGCGGCCCAGGAAUGGCGGCGGGGUCGUCACCAACAUGGGCUGGGCCCUGGGCAGCUAUAUCCUCGAUGGACUGGGACUUUUCAUUUCCGCAAACCAUGGAUGAGUUUUCCACCAUGUUCAGUCCGGACUUUGGACUGACACAUUCGGAUAACCCGGGAUCGGGCGCAAAUCUCUGGCCGCCUGGAACAUAG